AUAACAAUCAAGAAUAACAACAUCAACAACUAAUAGUAUAGAACCCAGCUGCUAUAUCAGGCAUUUGCAUCCGAUAUGUCAACUAUUUCGUACCUCAAUGUGGAGCUGCAGAACUUGAUAUCUGAAACUAGAAGACGAAAUGCUGAAAUUAAGCAUGCUGCAGAAAGAUCAAUUGCUAUUUUAGGAGGACUUUCUGGUACUGAAGAGGAUCGCUUGAAACAGCUGUCUCAAAAUUCUGAUUUCAUUACACCCUUUUUGUUGUCAUGUUCAUCAAGAAAUGCAAAGUUUAGCUCUAUUGCAAUCCCGUCUAUUCAAAAGCUGAUACAGGCGAGGGCUGUGCCGAUUUCUAAGAUCGAUAUCCUAUUGGAUGCGCUUAUUGAAGCAACGCAUCUUGCGGUAGACAUACAAUUGAAAGUUCUUCAAAUCCUUCCAAUGUUCUUCAUGGUUUAUGGUGAGUUCUUCAACGGAGAUCUCGUCGUAAAGCUUCUCCAGGUGUGUGCUAUGUUACAGACUCCAAGCAAAGUUACCAUGGUUAUGAAUACGGCAUCUGCUACAGAGCAGCAAAUCGUACUAUCUCUCUUUGAGAAAGUCUGUGAUGAGGAUAAAAAUCCAGAGGUUUUGAAAGAGGUCUCAGUAACAAUUGAUGAGGGACAAACUUUGGAUAUUUCAAGAAAUUCAUAUGAUGUUUACAGGGUGUUCUCUGAUCUUUGCUCACUCAUUGAACAUCAGAAGCCUGAGUUUCUUCCAAAAAAUACAGUCCCAGAGUCAUUUGGGUUCGAACUAUUAGAAAUGGUACUCACAAACUUUAAAGACUUGUUCCUAUCGCACGUCGAACUUGGUUUCUUGUUGCGAACCAGGUUAACACCAUUACUUCUCAGAACUUUUGCAAACCAAAGGCAAUUUACCAUUGUCGUCAGAGUGGCAAGAAUCGUACUGCUGUUGAUAAAGUCGCAACUCUCGAUUCUAGAAAUUGAGGCAGAAGUGAUUCUCUCUUUGUUGACCCAUGCAAUUACCUCUGAAUCAAGUUUGCCAAUAUGGAAAAAGGUUCUUUCACUUGAGAUUUUUUCUUCUAUAUUAAGUGAUUCUGCUUUAACUAUGAGCAUUUACAAAACCUAUGACUUUGGAGAGGACAAGAAAGAAAUUAUUACUGAAUUUCUGGCCGUUUGUUCUGAGAUCUUGAGCGAGAGCUGGGUGAAAGCUUUGCUGAACAGUAAUGAAAUUGUCACCAUUCCACUCCCUUCAGUCGCGUUAACAGUGGCAAACUCUACUCCAAAAGUUCGUUUUAUGGAAAUAUUGGACAAGAAUGAAGCACCCCAACCUCCGAAAGCGUACACAUUGUUCUUAAUACUCACAUGUACUAACAACCUUUGUGAAGGUGUUGGGAAAGAGGCUUUGAAGCUUUCCACAUCUGGUGAGGGAAGCUUUGUGUUCUUGAAGGAUGAAACAAACAACUCUAAAAGUGUCAAAGAACUCAAAUCUCUGAUUAAAAACAAUGCAAGAAGCUUGGUAACGAUAGGGACCGAAUUUUUGUACUCAUGUUUUGGCAAUGAUGUGUUCCAUUCCCUAAUUAGAGCUUUACAAAAACUGUGCCAUGCGGCUGGAUUCCUCGGCCUGUCAAAGGAAAGAGACUCUCUGCUUCUAAUGUUCUCCAUAGCAACGAUUAGUAACGUUGUUAAGAAUAAGAGAGCAUCUGUGAGUGAAACGAUCGCUGGUACCGUAACAGAGGCCAUCAACGCAUUUUCACACCCAUCUCAGAUGAAGAAGAUGAAGCUUCCUCAGAGAUAUCUGAAUACAAGACAUGUUAUAUGUUUUAGGGCUUUGAUAAGCUUAACUGUCUCAUUGGGACCGGUUUUGAAAGAGAGUUUGAGGUUUAUCCUUAUUACCUUUCAAUGGUUUGAUUACUUUAUCAAGGGUCCAUCACCAUACCUUGGUUUGAGAGAUGUCCCACCAAAGCCUGAUCUGGCAGCGGUUGAUUUGAAACUUGUCGAAAAUUCUUUGACUAAGCUUGACGAGAGUACAACGGCUUAUGAGCCUCGUGAUUAUCAAGAUUUUGUACAGAUGGUUGUCACUUUGGGUAAAGAAGCUGUCUUGAGCGACGUGGUCUCUACAGAGCCAUUCAUAGAUGAUUUUGUUCUUUGUGUUUACAAUAGAGAUUUCUUCCUUCGAAAAAUUGACAUCCUUUCCAGACUGAACGCUACAAGAUAUUUACAGGCCUCCAGUGAGGAUUGGAAAUUACUCGCCUCCUUUCUAUCAGACAUCAUUACCACAAGUAAGGCCACACCAGAACUCAGAGUGAUUGCUUCAUCGACUUUUAACUCGAGUAUCUUGGAGAUUGCUAAAGUUGGUUUUGACUCCAAUAGUGUUGAUAGUGCUGCCUUGGAGAAACAAUUAUUUCAAUCAUUCUCGGAAGUUGUGGAUAAGAUCUUAGAAACUCAGAAUACCGAUUAUAUUUCAACAGCUGAUUCGGAUAUUAUUCACGGCACUUUAAAGACUUUGCAUGAACUGCUAGAUCGUUAUGGUGCUAAGUUCACUGUAUCUUGGGAGAUAAUUGUUCAUAUCAUUGGCAGCCCAUUUGCGUACUUUGAAAAAACUCAAAAUGUACAAUCGCAGAAGCAGCUCUUGAAAUCCUCCUUUGAAAUACUUCAACUAGUGAUGAAUGAUUUCCUUCAAUCGAUUCCCCUGAAGGCGACAAAGGACGUUAUCGAUGUAUUGGAAAGGUUUUGCUCUCAAACUUUUGACCUCAAUAUUUCAUUUUCAGCUGUGAGUUAUUAUUGGUUGUUGUCAGAGUACUAUCGUGGCAGUGUGGUAGAUAGUGCCGAGACCUCUUUCUCAGUUCAGAGCAAAGAAGAUCUACUGAAACUCAUUGAGUCUGGUGAAACGAAAUUUGUUGUUGUGCAUUGUUUAUGGCUUUAUGCUCUUGGGAGUCUUGUAAGUGUUGCAAAAGACCCAAGGUCAGAGAUGAAGAAUGGUGCGAUCCAAACUUUCUUCAGAAUUGUGGACUCUCACGGAUCAUGUUUAAAUUGGGAAAAGACAUUUCAUGUUGUUCUUCAAGGAUUGCUACAAACUGAAGUUGAUAUCUCGGCUACUGAUAAUGAAGCUGUUCGUACAUUCAUAGAUAGCAAUAUCAUUGUUAUCAAGGGGGUCACGGAUAUUUAUUGCCGAUUCCUAUUCCAGUUGAGAAAAUCAACUUAUCUGGGUGCUCUUUUGAAAUACUUUAAUAAGUAUGUGCUGAUUGAGGUUCCAAAAUUGACUGAUGUCACCUAUAAAUCAUUUUUCCAGGUUUGUGAACUCAGUAAAAACUCUGAAGCUGUGUUCAACUUUCCGCUAUUGUUUGAAUUCUGGUCAUCCCAACCAAUCAAAUACGUGUCUACCGAUCUUAAUCUCUAUCAAGAGAAUUUGGUACAGCUGAUGAAUUGUUUUACGCUCAUAUCGUCAAUAGAAACGUUGUCAAGGUCUGAAAUUGAAAAGACGCUCUCCAUCUUCAACAACGCCAUCCGUUUCCCAUUCUUACCAACUUAUACUUCUGACUUUGAAACCCCAACAAAGCUUCAAUCUGCAGUCUUAGAGUGUUUGGAAUUGCUUGAUUCAAACGAUAAUGACGAUCUCGUUUUGUCCCAGAUUUCAUCUAUCAUCUUAUUACCUUUCCAAACCAGGACUAGAAUCUUAAAAAAAUUGUCCAAUGUGAACGUAAAAGAGGUUCCAUGCUUCAUUCCGGCUAGUGUCGAAGGUUUGAGGUUUUUAAGGAAAAAGCUAUAUGCGGUUAAGGAUCUGUCUGGUUUGCUUGAAAAGAAGACUGUUUCGAAAAUACUCAGAUCCUUGAUUGAGGUGUUCACAUAUGAAUCUGAGGAUUCGGACCACUCAUCGAGAAUAGACGCAUCUGGACUCUGGAAAGCGAGUUUCGAUCUUUUUCUGUGCCUUUCUAAUAAGGUUGCUCCAUUGCUGAGUCAUUCUGAGUCCGAUUAUGGUGUAUGGCACUUGGUGAUCGAUGCUUAUUUGACAAACCUUCCCUACAAAAAUAUUCACUUUGAUGAGAAGGUUAGUGUUGAAUUCCAUGAAGGAAUAAAGAACGUCAUUAUAGACCACCUAGACCAAGAUACUCUGACAGCUGACUUGGUUGAAAAGGUUAUCUCUUCGACUCUGAAAUCCUCUCUGUUGUAUGAGAACAACGAACUUGAGGCCUACCUUUUCGAUAACUGCAAUUCACCUUCAGAGAUCACAAGUGCUCUCUUAAAAUUCUCUAUUGAAGACUACUCUACGGCGCCGGUAGAACCACUUUCAGAGAUAUCAUUCAGACUUGUAUGUUUGACAGAUCUAUUCUCCUUCUGUCGAUUUGACAGACCAGAAAAAUUGAUUACUAUUGCACUUCCAUAUAUGCUUUGUCGUUUGGUAAUGAUCAUCAAAAGAUUUUCGGGUUCCCAGAAGCUUCUCAACCAUGCACCAGUUGCCUCAAUUCAACAAAAGGAAUUAGAAACUACAUUGAAUUCAUUGCACAACUUGUUAAAGUCGUUAGAAGGGCAAAAUACCACUCCAUAUGAACCUCUCUUGAAAAUUUUUCCGUUAAUUCUAGAUAACCAUCAAUUUAUCGGAAGAUUGAGCAACUGCGGUGAUCUAUUGAACAGAAUUACUGCUGAAUUCUACAAGAUUUCAAAUAGAUAAUGCUUCAUAUAGUAUCUUUGCUUCUAUAAGAAAA